GCGAAUGUUGUUCCAAAGAGAUGGGCGAUGGGCUCCAUUGCCUUCGGUCAAUCGAAAUAAUUGAAAGAUUCAGAUCCCUGAAUCUGGAGUGGCAGAGGUGGGCACUGCAAUGUGGUAACACAAGCAAUCCGAGAGAAGCCAGCAAGAGCCCCAGGGCAAGUCCUCUUUUUUUGUGGCACA